UCUGUCUUUCUGGUUCUCGUCCGGUCCCGAGAGGAUUGUGCUUCAGCGGAAUCAGGCGGAAUCAUCUCGGUUCGAUCGAGGCGCGGUGGUUCGCAAGAUCGCGCGACAAAUGUGCACGGGGGUGGACAGUGUGACAUAGUGCGGCGAAGUAGGCGACGAAGAGCGACGAGGAGGGAGGGAAAGGCGAGCGAGCGAGGAACGCGGGAAGAGGAGAAGGUGGGACAGGAUGCGGGGGCACAGGAAGAGGGCGCAGAGCCCCGACGAUUUCUCUUUUUCUUCAUAGGGGAUCGUUUCGCCUCAUCGACGUCGAACGUGACGACGGGCAGCGAGCACGCCGAGGACGACGACGACGACGACGACGUCAACUAGGUGCAUCCCUGAAACGAGCACUGCCGUUUGUUCUCCGAGAUGGCGGAGGAAAAGGAGAAGCAGACGUUCCUGCAGAAGCUGCUGUUCUACACAACAGCGUUCUUCAUCCUCCUCAGCACCUUCAGCCUCUUUGCCUUCCUCUUCUUGGUCCCCUUCGUCAUCGACCCCGCCUUCACCACCAUCUUCAUGCAGUUCGACACUCGGCCAGCCGAGUGCGUCACCAUCGACGUUGAGUCCAGGCGAGGUACGAGCAACUGCUCAUGGACAUCCUGUAGAGAGGGUUGCACCAAGGAGCUGUACGAUUGCACGCAAAUACGCGUCAACUACAAGCUACCGACUAAUACGUCCGAGGAUAGCGAUGGACAGGGUGAGGGAGGCGGAGCGGUAGGAGGUGUCGAGGAUGACGAAGACAGCACGACGAUGGGAAAACCGCGUUACGAGCGUUCACUCCGGGAGUACGAUUACGUCGAGGACCUUGACGAGGACUUCGCCGAGGACGACGAUGCUGGACUGCCGAAACCCUUCCCUACAGGGCUCAUGGGCAACGACUCCGAGUGGUACUUCACCGGGGCCAAGCUGUUCCCCAACGUAAAAGGCUGUGGAUACCCUCCAAUGCUGAAUUGCAGUAUUUUCUACCGGCAGUACGCCAACAUAGGGCAGAACUUUAGCUGUUACUACUCGAAAGUGGACCCCGGGAUAGUCAUCAGCGACCUCGACAUGUGGCAGGUGUACAUGAAUCUGGUGUACGCGAUGGCGAUUCCGAUACCGUCUUUCAUAAUCUCGGUGAUAUACCUCACCAUCGCCUACUUCAAGAUCUACAACGAAGAAGAGGUGGUCCUCGUGGGCGGCGAGGAGGGCGAGGACGGCGGAGAGGGCGAGGGAAGCAACGCGACACCCCUGCCACUGACGAGCGGCGCCCUUACACCCGGUAGCGAGGCUUUCAGGGAAGACCUAGCAAGCUUUGGGCAUCAGCUGAAAGUCGCCAUGGCUGACGACAUCAGCAGGGAAAGCCUGGACGGGAUACCCAACUCGUACUCGAUUCAGGGAAACUUGAGCAAGACGAUGACGACGAGUAUCUCGACUCCCCCUGGGCCGACGGCAGCAGUCUGAAGCGGCACUUUCAAGGUCUGAACAACAUCUCCUGGAAACCGCACUAAGGCGGGAACCGAAGAACAAGAGAUCUAGAAUAGACGAGAGAAGGAUCAAAGGAAAAGAGAAAUUUUUUUUCUUCUCUCUGCGUGUGUAGCUUUGCUCGAGUUACCGACCGCGAAUCUAGCCAAUAUUCACUCACCGACUACCAAAGAUGAAGGAACGAGAAUUUGAUGGAAACGAGAAUGAUAGAUUUAAAAGAAAAGGUCGCGAAACGGCGACCGGUAACUUCAGGUAUUCCCACGGAUCGAACUAACUAACGGUGUACGAUGCUCAACUGUGUAAAGGAAACGGGACGGUUCGUUCACGUCCAAUUAAAAACUUAAAGAAAAAAAAAAAAGAAAAAAUAAAUGAAAAGAGAAAUGAAAGAGAAAAUAUAUAGAGAUAAAAAAUAUUCGUCGGCGUUCUCUCCUCGUAGGCGGUGGAAACGAAAAGAAAGAUAUUCGAAUUGAUACGGAACGUGAUCCACAGAGUGUGCAUUGGCAAAGGAUACGAAAAAAAAAAAAAAGAAAAAGAAAAAAGAAAAAAAAAGAAAGGAAGAGAGAGUGUUUUAAUAAUACGCCACAACGCUAUCGCAUAUAAUACUGUCCCACACUGUGUGCGCGCUAAUUAUUAUCCAAUAGAGAUAUAAUGAUAUUUUGUGACAGACUUUUUUCUACUCGACAACCGCCCGUGGUCGCGAGAAACGCGUGUUUAAAGAACGCGACCUCUUCUCGGGUCCGCUGAUCGAUAAAUCCGUCGGUGGCUCGUGUUUUUUAGCCUGGUCGAUCAUUGCCGAGCACCGAGGUCGAACGAUCGGCCGCUUGGCGAGGAUCCAACGUGGAUCCAACCCCGUUACAUUUGGAUUCGUUGCCGAUAUUCCGGACGCCUCUCGGGGUCUCGUCGUGUCGUAAAGGAUACUUCCAAAAUAUCAGAGGAGAGCUGUCAGGGAGAGGAAUUCCCCCCCCCCCCCCCCCCGAACGAUCGCGAGAGAUCGAUGCGAACUUACCACCGACUUGAAUAUAGAACGUACCGUUUUCUAAACUGCGUUAUCCCUCUUCUCGACAAUUUCACAAAUCCCCCCGCCUUCGAAUUUACUCGUUGCGCGAUACGUCGAGGAAAAAAAAACAUUGUAUACGCGCGUGUAUAUAAAUGUAUCUAAAUCGUCUUCGACGAUCGUGCUCAAGAUCCAUUCAAGGGAACACGAUAUCAGGCAGAAUUGUGAAAAUGUGUUUUCAACGGAUCGUCAUGUCGCGCGAUGUGUGUAAUGUCGGGAUAAUAUCGGGAGGGGAGGCAGAUUGUUUUUCACGUUGUUGAGAGUUUCUUCGGGGACACCCUGUACGACAUCGACACCCCGCAAUCGCGGUCAGGCGUUUGUUUCUUCGUGUGUGCAAUCUCGCGUAGUACUAUUUAUUCUCACGCGGAGGCCAGCGUAUAGAAGACGAAAUGGGGCGAGUGGGCUUUCCUACGGGUUGAACGUUCCAUUUAAUUCGAUCGCCGAGAGAGCAAAUAUAUGUAAAAAACGGUCACGCGAUCCGCUACUCCUCAUCGUGAUAGUAAGUCGAGCGAGAGUAUUCCUGCCCAUUUUCUCCGAUAGCACGCGCCCGAUGAAGUUAUACACACACACACACACAAGACACUCACACACAUACACGCGCGUUUAGUCCUUUUUUGCACAACUCUGGCUGACUCUGACUCUGGUUUACACGACCAAGAAAAAACGUAUCGUAUAAGAGAACGGGGGGACGGGGGAGGGGAGGGGGGAAGUAGAUAUGUAAUAAUGGCUGUCGUGACGAUCGACAGGCGGACGCUGAAGAGGAGAGAAACCGAACAACACGCGCGAACAACUCGGUCGCGUUUACUCACAAGUGGACUAAAAAAGAAAAAAAAAAAAAAAAAAGCUUAAAACGAGUAAAUUAAUGAAUUAAGAGUACCGUUACCAAGUUAACAAGUAUUACUAAGUUAAUCUGCUUGCUGUGUGAUCAUGACGCGCAUUCGAGAAACGCCACUCCACGUGCAUCGUAGAACGAAUACCAGAACCACACAUGUAUCGAUACACCGUCUCUCUCUUUCUCUCUUUCUCUCACUCACUCUCCUUCUGUCACAUACACAAACAUAUACACACACGCGCGCGCGCACACGUACACGUACACGUCCAUUUCACCGUGAAUCGUAAAUACAGUCGCUUCUAUCCGGGAGUAGUCGACGCGAUUCACCGAAACGUAAAACGGUGAACUUCAAAUUACGCUUCAGGGGAGGGGUGCGCCCUUCCACCAUCGAUUAUUCGAUUCCCGCGGUUUUUCCUUUCUUCUUUCGGCAACGGCGAGGGCAUUCGAGGCCGCUCGAAUAUGAUAGAAAAGUUACGUUCGGUUCGAAAAUCCGACGAUUGAUGGAGACGGCUGGUUCGCGCUGUUUCUGACUAGUCUCGGCUCGUACUACUGAGCUUCUGCCAAUUCGACUGAAUCAGCGGGUUACUAUAAGUAUAAUUAUAUAAUAUGAAUGUGUCUUAAGUGACAUUGUGAACGAGAAUGAUAAUGGAUAAUAAUAUAUUACGCGAGAUAUUAUUCUUUCAACGAUUCAAUGAUAUCAAUGAAAAUUGUCAACGAUUAGACGAUUACAUUCCCUCGCGAAACACUGUCUGUAUGACAGAUCCUGGAAUAUAGUCUGACAGAUCCUAUCUUUCAACUAGCAAAUAUGCUCAUGCUUCGAGAGAGCUCAAGAGAUAAAAUCCGAUGAUGUAUCGACGUUGAAAUCGAUGUUGCUCGCGGGCUGAAAAGAGCACCGUAACGAGCAAUAUUUUUAUCAAAACCGAUAUCAGUUCUUUAUCAAUGGUGCAACGCACAGCACGAAUCAGCCCUAUCCGAGGCAUCGUUUGCCGCGGAAGAAUACAAUUUUUCAGAGGUUGGUCGACAGAGGAUGGGACGGAAAGUCAUCGUUCCCGCUUUGUGUCUCUCUUUGGGCUGAAUAACAGCUGCGUGCAGCACACAGUCGGACGUUGCACGCAGCAUUUUCCAAAAUGAUUAUAGACCUCGAACAGCUGGCAGUCGUAGCGCAAGAGCGCAAAGAGAGAGAACUCAAGCCCGUGAUUACGUAAAGGAACACAGGGUGCCACUUGCGCAGAGGGUGAAACAAGUAACGCUGGUUUUUUCGCGGCCUCGUUGCUGCGCGUGAAUCGAUACCGGUGGCGCAGGACAGGCGAACCUUCAUCCCUGAGAUCGAUGGCAAAAAUUGAUGCUGAACGAACUUUACGGGAGCCAGUAACGCUCUCUAAAGUUCGUGUUCGUCUUUCCUUAAGCGAGUGGAACUCGGUUUAACUUGGCCAAUUGUUUCUCGUCAUUGUUCUAAUGACGUUUUAACGCGGUGAUUCGAAGGUAGUAGAGAAGCUUUCUGAGAAAAGGGCCGACAAGACAAAACGAUGUCGAUUGAAUGGAACUUAUUUCAAAAAGCAUGACUCGUUUAAUAUUAACUACGCUUGUUGCUUUUUCUGUAUUCGGAAGAGAAUAGAAACUUUAUGGCAACUCAACUGUUCAACUAAAAAGCGCACUCAACACAUUAACCAUCUUAUCACAGAUAGGUUCUUUUCUCAGAAAGCUAGUGAAUUUGUUAAUUUUCUAAAAUUAACAAAUACAAAGUAUUGACAGUACGAAGAUAUUCAAAGGAAUGAUUUAUGUAUGAAACGCAUAUUCCACGGUUGUAGAGGGUAUCGAUCAAAUAGUCGCACCCUGGGUACCAACGAAACUCGAAAUUGAUUUCUUACGUUUGAAGGCUUGAAACAACGUUAUUUUCGGCAUUACCGAGAGCAUAGAGUAUUCACGUAAACUUUCCUCACUUUCCGUGAAAGAAAAACGCGGAAGGUGAUUCACUAUGGUGCUUGAUUCGAGAAACGUUUAAAAUAACCGUGUGUUGUAAAACGUAUUUAACAUAGCAUCGAAUUACCUGAGAUGAUCUCCACGUGUGAUUCUCUCAUUCGACACGAUCCUUUGUCACAUUGCAAUUUUGCGACCGCGUAUUCAAUACACAGAUACACGCCACCGAACGAACACACGUGUACACGCGCACACGCACACAUAACAUACACGAACAUACACUGAUAACCUAUGGAAAGAAAUAAUAAUUGAAUUGUUUUUAUGGAUUAAGAACAAGUUGUCUGUGAUCUACAAUAAUUAAAAAAAAUAUUUAAUAAGUAUUAACAUGGUAAAUGCAUAAUUGACAUGUCGAUAAUGUCGAACGAAUCGGUUUAGGGAAUAAUAAAUAAUAAUAGAGAAACAAAAAUAAAAGCGAAAAGGGAAAUGAGGAAAACAGAAGUAAGAGCAGUCAGAUAUCGGAAUGAUCUCAAAUGUUAACGGAUAGAGCAAUAUAAUAGGGAGGAUGAAAAGGGGUGGGGGGGGAAAUGAUAACGAAAAAUGUUUGUCGCGUUAACGAUGUUACCGCAAUGGAAUUCUAGAGAAAAGAGGUAUAUUAUAUAUAAAUACAUAUAUAAACAUUAAAAUAAUAAAGAGAGAAAAAACAUAGAGAUUUAAAGAUGGAGCACGCCACACGUCUAAAUACUAUGUAAUCGCUGUUGUUAAUCAGUAAUAAUUCGCGAUGUAAGGAGAAGAGAGAAAAUUUAAAAAAAAAAACCAAUUUAUGCGCGUGCUGCGUUCAAAGUACCGAUUAAAAUACCAAAAAAAAAAAAAGAAUUAUAUAAAUGAAUAUAUAAAUAAAUAAAUAAAUAAAUAUAUAUGGCACUUGACCGUCGCGGCUAAAAAAAAAAAAAGUACAUAGGAUAGAUAGAUUUAUAGAAGCGCAAAAAAACACCAAAAAUCGUUCCUUCCACCCGCUCCGGCCGUGUAUUUGAUUAUCGAUUUUAAAUAUAUCGCAUCUCAUGUAAAAGUCAAAGAAAAGCUCUGCGAACUUGCAAGCGCACUUCAGAAUGCAAUUAGUAUGUCGUUUUACUAAAGAAACGGGGAUGAACAAUGAUGUUUAACCAAAUGAAAACAGAUGAUUAACGGCGGGGAGAGGAAUGGGAAUUACAGAGGAGAGAAAAGAACGAAGACAAAGAGAAUGUUAUAUAAAUGCCACAAUCACCGAGUAAUAAGUUGUUCAACGAGCGUUUGCGAAAGAUGUUCGAAAUAAUUUUUGUACAGUUUUGGCACACACGAGAACGUGCAACAUCGUCGUCUUUAUAUUUAUGUACAACAUUCAAUUAUUAUAAAUUUUCGAUAUUAUUACAAACUAUGAUCGAUUUCGUGUGAAAGUGUAUAUGGCUUUUUCUGCGGUUAACAAUAAAAUGUUGUCAAAGCUUUUUCACGAGAUAUAUAUACAUACAUAUUUCACUCAAA